CUGAUAUGAUGAUCGUCACAACAACCGCAAUACAUGUAUUAUGAAGUAUCCAGUUAAUAUAUUGCAGAGAUUUGUUCAUUAAUUGCAAACAUGCUUUUCUCUUUAUUAAUUCCCACGGCUGUGUGUUUCAUUGAUUGGUGGAAGGACCCAAUAGCGAUGUGGACUGUUCACGUGAGACUGCAGGAGUGACAUCAGCCUGAUUUCAGUCGAACAUAUUACACUGUGGAAAGAAGAGACUGAGGCACGGGAGUGUUCCUUCUGUUCUGGGACAUCAUCAGUUUCUGAAAGGGAUAACCUCGGAAGACGCAAUGGGAAACCAUCGGAUGGUUAUCGUCUUCGGCAUAUGUCUUUCCAUCGCUGGUUGUUGUAUGCCCUUCGCUGACUGUGCAAUGGCUUCGGAUGUAAUUCGUUUGUUCGAUGACAAAGUCAACAAGAACAAUGUGAACGUGAAGCCUCUUCUCAACCAGACUGAAACCAUGCAUGUCAACUUAUCUUUCAACCUGGUCUCCAUAACAGAGUUCAAUGAAGUUGAUCAGCGUUUCUCCUGCAACGCCUGGUUGGAUGUGUAUUGGAAGGAUGAACUUCUUGUAUGGAAUUCGUCCGAGUACGGUGAUCUUAAAAUGGUGUGGCCACCCAAUGACAAAGUGUGGAGACCAAGUCUUGCGGUAGCUAACAUACAUAAUGACUUCAAAACACUUGAGAUCAAGUCAGGUAUCGUCAUGCUACAGAAUGACGGCACUGCCAAAUGGGCACCAGGAGAGGCUUUCCAGACCUUUUGUAAGGUUGACAUUUCAAGUUACCCGUUUGACAAGCAGCGUUGUGACAUUGAAUUCUUCAUCUGGGGUAUGGGGCUCGAUGAGGUCGUUCUCCAUCCGAUGCAUGACGGAAUUAACACUGACGCCUACAAGAAAAAUGGAGAGUGGGACAUUGUUGCAACUAAAGCCUACCAAGAAGUGCGAGGUACCACUACCAUCAUGUCAAUGAUUGUCGUAUCGUUCCUGCUAGAGCGUCGCCCCUUCUUCUAUGUCCUGAACAUCGUCAUGCCCGUCCUGGUUCUCGCCAUCCUCAACGUAUUCGUGUUCCUCAUCCCUGUGGAGUCUGGAGAGAAGAUAUCUUACGGAAUAACUGUCCUGUUGGCGUUUGGCGUUUUCAUGAGUUUCAUCAGCGACAUGCUCCCCCAGACCUCUGAGAGCAUCUGCAUGCUGGCCGUCUACAUGGCCAGCCUCCUCAUCCUCAGCGCCGCCUUCGUCUGCAUCUCCAUCAUCAUCACCCGCAUCCACCACAAAGAGUCGCUUGGCGAUCCAGUUCCAAAGUGGGUACGGAAUGCAACGCUGGCCCUUGAAUGCCUGUCAUGCCAGAACAAAAAAAGGAUCGACCCGAUGGGUGACGAGAUAACGCGUGAGAAGGAAAAGGUGCGAAAUCCUAACGCGGUCAGCGUUCUGCGGGCUUGGGAAGGAAGUGAUCCGAUGACCUGGACGAGAUUCAGCCGCGCUCUGGACAGCUUCUGUUUCUGUUUCUUCACACUAGCAAUCCUGGCAGUCACGGGUACCAUCAUGGUCAAGAUGAAGUUCGGGGGAAACAAGAUAACCAUUGACUCUAAGAUACAUUGAGAAUGUAACUUGCCCGAACAGCUAAACACGACCUGGCACAUUCAGAAUCGCUGGUUGCAAUAUAUUUUCGGUAACAUCCCAGAAAUAUUAUUAUGACCCCGGGAAUAGGAAGAGAAGAUUUUCAAACAUUUAUCCAAUGGUGAAUUCGAUUUAGCUCGGCAAAAGAAAACUACCGUAAAUAAAAUCUAUUACUAACUUAAAAUGAGUAGUACAGAUUCAUAAUAUCGUAGAUACUAUUUGAUCAUAAAUAUGUUACAAGCAAUUCCGUGUCAGUUCAUCGGCCAAAUGAGGCAAUAUGUUUUCUUUAAUGCUUAAAUAAACUGAAUAUGUAUUUGGCCAUGCCCACUCACAAAUUGGUUGAUUUGCGGGGUUAUUCGGAUAAUCACAAUUUGCACAGAGGUUUUCACGUUCAUAUUUCAAUGAAGCUAAGUCAUAUCAAAAUCAAACUUUUGUAUUGUGUAUUUAACACUUAUAUGGAGUGUGGGGCAUUGAAUUAGUGUAAUACGAUGACACAGAUGAAAUCAACGCUCUGUCCGUGGCAGGUGUAAUUUACACAUGGUAUUUUCUCUCACACUCCCGUGGGUAAGAAAUCUAUGUCAGAAAAAAGGGAUCAAAUAUAUUUGUGGCAUCGAAUUCCAGGUCCGUGAUUGGCUGCGCCAUGGUGAUUUCAUGAGGUCAGAUUAUGACGGACGUUUUGCCUGAUUGUAAUUUAUUGUUAAGUCGGUCGUGCUUUUGUUGAACUGAAAUACGUCUAUGUCGAAACAUUGUAGUUAUUGUGUAAAUAUAUCUUAUCUAGUUUAACAUGUACCC